AUGGGGCUGCCGUCUGGCACCCUUCCGGCGAGUGCAAUAGUUCAAAAGGAAGCCUCAACUGAGGCGAUCCCAUCGACACACGAUUCUACAGGAUCGUAUGCGAAAACCCUCACUGAAACUCCGGGUCCAUCUGCAGCUCCUAAACGCAUUGAACCCGAAUCGAUUAAAGGAAGAAGAACUUCGCACAAUGGCAAACCAGCUGUGAUUUUCAAAGCAACUGAUUUCUAUGGAGUGAUGGCAAGUCAUUGUCGAAGGACAAUUGUAGGGAGAUUUCUCAAAAGUCGGCCCCAAAUUGAUUCUAUUAGGUCAAAGUUCUCUGAGAAAUUUCCGAUGAAAGGAACUCCAAAAAUAGGUGUGUUCGACAAUUUCAAUAUCUUUCUAAACUUCACAAAUGAAGAAGAUUACAAUUUUAUUCUUUAUAAAAGAUUGAUUGAAGUUGAUGGGUAUCAAAUUUGGCUACAAAAAUGGACACCGGAUUUUAAGCCGGAGGAAGACUUACCCAUAGUUCCGGUAUGGAUUCUUCUUCCAGGACUACCUUUUCAUCUUCAUAAUUGGCAUUAUGUUAAACAAAUUGCCAAUGAAGUGGGUACUCCACUAGAAAUUGAUGUGGCUACUAGGAGUAUGACUAGACCUAGUAUGGCAAAAGUAAGGGUUGAAUUGGAUCUUCUCAAACCUUUAGUUAAAAGUGUUUGGAUCGGAAUUGAGGAUGAUAAUGUUCCAUUAAAAGGCUUUGAGCAGAAAAUUGAGUUUGAAAAUAUCCCAAAAUAUUGCAAGCAUUGCAGGAAGUUGGGACAUAAUUUAAUCGAAUGCAGGGUGCUUGAAAAGAAAAAACAAGAGGAACUAAAGGAAGAGGAGGAAAAAAUAGCAGCACACAAAAAUGAAGCUUCAAGAAAGGAACAGAAUGUUAAGAAAUUUGAGCAGAAUAAGAAAAAGAAUCCUCUGGAGCAAAAUGGGAAAUUCAAUGAAAACCAACAAAAUGAAAGAGGUAGAGAGGAACAGAUAAAUAAUGGUAAGUUUUUAAGGAGAUUUAGGGGGAAAAGUGAGCCCCCUAAAACUGUUUUCAAGCCUACAGGAGCUAUUUUUGGAGUCAACAAACCAAUGCCUGAAAAUGAGACACAAAGAAAAGAAAAUGUCAACAAUGUGAACCAGGGAAAAGAUAAAUCAGAAAAAAAAAGCAAAGGGGAACAGGAGGUGAGUAAGGAUAAUAUAGAGGAGAUAGGGGACAUGAGUGUAUCCGAGAAGAAAGAUACCAAAGCUGAUGGGACUGAUCACAACUUCAAAACCCCUGAAGGAGGUAAAACAGUCCAGGAAGGAAGUAAGCCUUCACAGAACACGUUCAUGAUAAAUGAUCCAAAUGAAUUGGAGAUAGUGUUUUAUGAGGAGGGAUGGGAACAUGCUGGUAGCAAAAAGAAAAGAUCAUCCGGCAAAAGAUCAAAAAAAGAAAAACAAGCAAAGACUAAUCAUGUAACCAAGGAGGGAGAGCAAACUAUCACACAAAACAGCUUUGAUGAAUUAUUGGAAGAGGGGAAUAAAGACAAGGAUGAGGAAGAGUUACAAGAGGAAAUCAAUGAGGACAAACAAGAACCAAAGCAAGAUAAUGAUGAUGAAUGGGCUGAAGUUACAUCAACAGAGGAAGAAAACACCUCAGAUGAAUCUGAAGAAGAAAACGAGGAUGAAAGUGAGGAAGAUGAGGAAGAGGAGAGUGAGGAAGAAGAGGAGUUAAUAAAGGAUCUCAAGAGUAAGAAAGAACAACCUGGUUCAAGGAAAGUUACAGUUGAGAAAAUGCCUCCAGGAGGUACGAAAGGGAAAAUGGAGGGUGAGCAAAACAAGAGGAAUAUUAGCGCAAAAAAUCAAAAGAAGGAUCCCAAAAAAACUUCCAAACAGAAUAUUAAUGUUUAA